AUGGGAGGCUGUAGCAGCAGAAACAAAAACUGGGAGCCCCCUCCACAGGAUCUUCCACCUUGGUAUAACAGCGAACAUCUGUUGAUUCAUCCACAGAUAAUACAGGAUGUUUUUCAACAGCAAGAUGUUCCAGAUAUUCAAAGGCCAUCCAGUAAUAUUUGCGUAGCAGUGUACGAUUAUGAGCCCAGAACUCCCGGCGAGCUAUUGUUUAAAAAAGGUGAUCAUCUAGAAAUCAUCGACGACAGUCACACUGAUUGGUGGCGGGCUCGAAGCAGAACAAGCCAUAUGGAAGGUUACGUUCCAGCAAAUUACGUAGCUCCAGUCAGAUCGAUUGAAGCCGAACCGUGGUAUUUCGGUCCUAUUAUAAGGAGUGAUGCUGAACAUCUUUUGCUUCAGUCCAGGAACAAGGACGGUGCCUUCCUCGUCCGUGGAUCGGAUAGUUGCUACAAUGAUUACGCUCUGUCAAUUCGCUUUGGCACGAAGGUGAGGCACUACCGCAUAAAGCAAAAAACAGAUGACAUUGGCAACAACGUCCACUUCAUUUCUCAGCACAGAACAUUUGUGACUUUGCAAGAAUUAAUCAGUUACUACAGCAACAAUAGAGAUGGACUCGCCACUGUUCUUAACAAACCUUGCAUGAAGGCUGGAGCACCGUUGACGGCUACACUGUCGUAUAACACGCAAGACAACUGGGAAAUCCCGCGUUCAUCGCUCAGAUUUGAACGCCAAUUAGGACAGGGACAGUUCGGUAAAGUUCAUCAGGGUCUCUGGAAUGGCGCAGUACCUGUCGCUAUCAAAAGCCUCAUACCAGGAACGAUGGACCCUGAGGACUUCAUAGCUGAAGCUCAGCUCAUGAAGAAAUUACAACAUGAAAAGUUGAUCAAGUUGUAUGCCGUCUGUACGACCGAGGAGCCUAUCUACAUCGUCACGGAACUUAUGAAGAACGGCAGUUUACUGAAUUAUCUCAAAAGUAGUAAAGGGCGUAAAGUGAAAUUGCAAAAGCUCAACGACUUUGCUGUUCAAAUUGCUUCGGGCAUGUUCUACCUCGAGAAAAUGAGCUACAUCCAUCGUGAUUUGGCUGCACGUAACGUCCUCGUCGAUCAAAACGAAACUGUCGUCAAAAUAGCUGAUUUUGGAUUAGCGAGGGUCAUAAAAGAGGAAGAAUACGAAGCUCGAAUCGGUGCAAAAUUCCCACUUAAAUGGACAGCACCCGAAGCCAUCAACUUUGGCAAAUUUUCUACCAAAUCAGAUGUCUGGUCUUUUGGAAUUCUUCUUUCUGAACUUAUUACUUAUGGUCAAACUCCUUACCCUGGUAUGUCCAACAACGAAGUGUUACUCAUGAUCGAAAUGGGUUGCAGGAUGCCCAUUCCUGAAAAAUGUCCUCAAGUCUGGUACGACAUUAUGUUGAAAACGUGGGAGACUGAUCCGGCAAAACGACCGACUUUUAAGAAUUUACGAUCCACGUUGGAGGAAUUGUUGUUCUCCAAUAGAUAGAAAUUUUCGGAAAAUCAACGAGAUCCUCUAGAGCUAUGUUGGCUAUUUCCUUGAUGCGCAGAAAAUUAUUUGGUUCUGUAAUAUAGGCACAUAUUAAUUUAAAACUAUUGGCAUUUUUAUAAUUUGAUUAUGUUGCAAUUGGUUGUUGAAUCGCGUCUUGUCCAAAUGAAUGGCUUGUAUUUUGUAAUGCCCUGCUUAAGUGAAUUACAUGGCAUGAAUAUCACUGCA